AUGCUCAAAAUAUUGAGAAGAGGACUAAAAACAUCCUUUGCAAUCCCUUUAGGAACUGAUUACAAGUUCAAAAUUCUUCUACCAAAUGGAAGUGAAUGCUGGUUUACAGUAGAUAAUUCUCAAACCAUUGAAGAUGUCUUAAAUGAAAUUCAAACUGAAGAUCCAUCAAUUGUCCAAAAAGACGCUGAAAACCCUAAAGUAACAUUUAAAACUGCAAUAGAAAAAGGUCCAGUAAAGACUAAAAUUAAUGGGGAAGAGUAUGAGUUCAGAAAAAGUGAAUUCCGAGAACUCAAGCCAAGCCAGCGAGAAAUAGAAAAUUUUGCGAAUAUCCUGGUUAUGCACAAGCCUACAAAUAAGGCUGAUUUAAUAGAAGCUGCUAAGAAAAGUUUAAAUUCAAUUGGAAAGCAAACUUCAUCGCAGCUUGCUUACUUGAAGAGCCAACUGAAAGAUAUUGAAAAAGAAAUCGCUCUAUUAAAUGAUGAAAAGGCUAAAAUUGAUAAAAAAGUGAAUUCGAGAGCCAACUUGAUGAUAAAUUUAGGGUUUUUAAUGUUUCUGUCUCAGUAUUCCUUUUUUGUAUACACUAUUUAUGGAGUUGAGUGGCUUGGCUGGGAUCUUAUGGAACCUAUAACGUAUACUGUCCAACAAGGGUUAUUUAUGUUUGGUGUUUUAUAUUUUUUAAAAACCAAAGAAAGCUGCAAUUUAGACAAUUUAUUAGCACGAUUCCAAAGCAAAAAAACUGAAUAUUAUACCAGAGCUUACGGAUUUGACGCCAACCGAUUGAAGUUUUUAGAAGAGGAGAAGCUGAAACUGCUUUCUUCAAUAACCCUGCUUGAAAAGCGCUUAUUUUAUGAUUUUAAAUAA